AUGGGGGGUUUCACUUGGCACAGAGAGCUGUCGGCAUUGAGGGAAGGGCAGUGCCAGCUGCGGUGCCCGGGGGACGUGGGGGCAGUUAAGGGGGCACAGAAUGAAGCAUUUGUCGGUCACAGAGAUGAAUUGGGCCCCGAGCUGGAGGGCCUCCUGCGCUCCCUGAAUGUGACCAUCUGGUCCGUGGGGGAUAAGGGGGCCCUCAGGCUCAAUGAGCUGGAAAAGGAGAUCGGGAUCAUCCAAGUGAGGAGCCGGGACCUGUCCCACAGACUGGGCAACCUGAGCCUGACGCCCGGACCACCUGGUGCAAAAGGGGAGCCCGGGGGUCGGGGGGAGGCUGGGACCCCUGGCAGCUCUGGAACCAAAGGAGAAAAAGGAAAUCCUGGUCUUCAAGGACUUAAAGGAGAUGAAGGAAGAGUCGGCCCCCCAGGGCCACAGGGCCCCCUGGGAUCUGAUGGGAAAGGGGCCCAAGGUGAGCCUGGAGCGGCCGGACCCCCCGGAGCAAAAGGGGAUCCUGGUGAGAGAGGAGAAGCGGGUACCCCGGGCACAGCCGGUGGAGCCUGGCACUGCUGGAGAGAAAGGGGAGACUGGGGAAACUGGAAGGGAAGGACUGCCAGGUGCCCCGGGGAGAAUUGGGGACAAAGAGAAAAAGGAAAUCAAGGUUCUAUGGGAGAUCCGGGGCAGAAAGGAGACACAGGAGAAUCAGGGUUACCAGGCUCCUGCAUGAACCCGUUCUGCUAA